UAGCAUUCACAACAUCAACCAAAAACAUCCCAUACUCCAACAUACCAAUAAUUCCAUCCUCAACACAUCUAUAUUAUUCUUCUCAUAUAUCGCGUAAUUACUAGACUGUGUAAUUAACAGACUACGACGAAAAUGUCAAUACCUAGAAUGGAAGAAAUGGCAACACCACAAUUGAGUAAACCACCAACACCACUAUUGCCUAAGACAAAGGGCAUAGUGUCAAUUCUUGGAUUAGAUACUCAAAGAGGCAAAUCAAAUGUAACCUCUAUUAGAAGAACAUUUUCAGCUGAUAUGUCAUCUAAACAAUGGCUUACACAAAAUGGUUUUUUCUCUCCAAUUAAAAAGGUUGCUUCAUCUAAAGAUCUUGCUCUUUCAACCUCCUCUGAGGAAGAAGAAGAAGAGAAGGAGGAGGAGGAGCUCGAAAGACGAAAAACAUCAUUUGAUGUUUGGAGUUCAAUUUUGUCACAAAAGAAAAAUGAUGAUCCUCAAACUCCAUAUAUUCACCCUCUUGUUAAAAGAUCAACAAGUUCUUUAAGUGAAAAAAGUCUUGAAACUUGUACUGAAAAUCUUGGAUCGGAGAAUGGUUCUGAUGGUUUUUCCUCCUACACUCCUUCUGAGUAUGGAAAUAUAGACGAGGAAAAACACGAUCAUCAUCAUCACUAUCACCACCACCACCACCAAUACUGCUCGCCAUUCAUUGAGGAAUUGCGAGCAGUAAAGUAUAAGAAUAGCAAGAGAUCAUCAUCAUCUUUUCCUCCACCAAUUACUUCCUUGGCUAGAGGGGAUAACAAGCCUUCUAUUCAAAUGCAAUCUCGACGUCAAGAUGGUAGAUUGAUUCUUGAAGUUGUUUCUAUUCCUCCUCGAUAUCAUUUCUAUGCCCAUCGCCAUGAUGGUCGUCUUCUUCUCACCUUAGUUGAUAAUAGUACUUCCACUUCAUCAUUAGAACAAGAGAUAGAGGAUAAUGAUGAAGAAUUUGAUCAUAUUUUCGACGAUAUUGAUGAUCAUACACCUCGAUUGAUUAUGGAACAAAAGCCAAAAUUUUCAAGUGGGGUGAUAAAUAUGAAGACAUCAACCCUAAUGAUGAAGUUGUUAGAUUCUCCAGUCGAAAUAACAGAAAAGACAAAAUUUACCAAAUUUUCCUCAGAGCUAAAAGAUCAUUUUAGGCUAGGAAACAAGAAUCUUAUAACAUGGUCCCACAAGUUCAGUAACAACUUGACAUGUACUGUCGAUUCAACUGAACUGACUAAGGAGCUAAGUCAGAUAACCUCAGUUCCUCCAUCACUCCCAACUCAACUAGCACCCGCGACCGCGCUCAAUGCCUAUGAGUAUUUUUGGAGGAAGAAUCCCACAAUUGCAAGAGAAUCCAACAACUAUACAACUAAGCAAGUUGUUGUUGCAUCCUAUAGUACUACUCCAAAUGCCAAGGGUACAACAAAAGUAGCACCAAAUGAGCAACAAGACUUGGUGUUAAUGAGAGGGAAUAUAGCAAAUUGUAACUAUUUGGUACCUUUGCAAAGAGGAUGCAAAGAGCCAAAGAUGUCUUUACUAAUUUGGGAGCCUUAUUGCAUUGUCACCUCAUGAUGAUCAUCAUCAAAAAGAUCAAAUUGACAUUUUUCUUGAAGUGGCUAAUCAUACUUAACUCUGUAAAAAAAAAGUUGUUAUAUACUCCAUCCCAUCCUAAUAACAGAUAGUAUUAAAUAAA